ACGCUGCAAAGCGUGUCAGAUGUCUGCGAGGGAGCACUAGCGCAGGGGCUCCACACCAGGCAAAGGGAGGGCACUAUGAACCAGAUCAUCUUUGCGAGUGCUAAGAACACAGUUGUACAGAGGCAACAUGUUAGAUACGUUCAGAAGACGGUCCGCGGCAAGGUGAUAGCAAUCCGGCGGGAGGACCAGUCAGUAUGGGAACGACGUGCUCCGCUGGCGCCCACCAACGUCCGACGCCUGGUUCGCGCCGGCGUCAAAGUCAUCGUGCAGCCGUCAAAUCGGCGCGCCUACCCUAUGCAGGCAUAUGCAUCAGCGGGCGCUGUUAUUCAAGAAGAUAUUUCGGAGGCAUCCGUGAUAUUCGGCGUUAAGCAGGUUCCGAUUGAUCAGCUGCUGCCCAACAAGACGUACUGCCUGUUUUCUCACACAAUCAAGGCGCAGGAGUCAAACAUGCCUCUGCUCGACGCCAUAUUGGAAAAGAACAUCCGCCUGAUUGACUACGAGCGACUGAUGGACGAGUCGGGGCAACGAGUGGUGGCGUUCGGCAAAUACGCGGGAGUGGCGGGCAUGGUCAACAUCCUGCACGGGCUGGGCCUAAGGCUGCUCGCGCUCGGACACCACACGCCCUUCAUGCAUGUGGGCCCAGCGCACAACUACCGCAAUUCUUCGAUGGCGCGCCAGGCGAUCCGCGACGCGGGCUACGAGAUCGCGCUGGGGCUGAUGCCACAGUCGAUCGGUCCGCUGACGUUCGUGUUCACGGGCAGCGGCAACGUGUCGCAGGGCGGGCAGGAGGUGUUCCAGGAGCUCCCGCACGAGUACGUUCCCCCGGAGAUGCUGCCCAAGGUCGCGCGACACGGAGCUACGACCAAGGUGUACGGCUGCGAGAUCAGGAGGCGACACCACCUGGAGAGGAAGGACGGCGGUGGCUACGAUUCGGAAGAGUACAACAAGCACCCACAGAAGUUCAUCUCCACCUUCAGCAAAAAAAUAGCGCCGUACGCGUCGGUGAUCAUCAACGGCAUCUACUGGGCGGUGGGGUCUCCGAAGCUGCUGACGAUCCCGGACGCCAAGUUCCUGCUGCGGCCCGCCGACACACCGUGGAUCCAGAGCUCCGUGGGCUCCCCCGCGCUGCCGCACCGAAUGCUCGCCAUCUGCGACAUCAGCGCAGACCCCGGCGGUUCCAUAGAGUUCAUGAACGAGUGCACUACUAUCGAUACACCCUUCUGCCUCUAUGAUGCAGAUCGUAACAAGGACACCAAAAGCUUCAAAGGGCCAGGAGUGCUGGUCUGCUCCAUCGACAAUAUGCCAACGCAGCUACCUCGAGAGUCCACAGAUUUCUUUGGGGACCUACUGUAUCCUUUUACGUACGAUAUUUUGCAGUCGAACGCCCGAGCGCCUCUCGAAGAGCACAACUUCUCGCCCGCUGUCUAUGGGGCCAUCAUCGCAAGCAACGGGAAGCUUACGAAAAAUUUCGAAUACAUCAUCGACUUACGCGAGAAGAACAGCCGUAGCAGGCAGAAGGCUAGUGCGGAUUCGUCGACCCCGCCCAAGAAGAUCGUCGUGCUGGGAGCUGGCUUCGUCAGCGCGCCAGUUGUCGAGUAUCUAGACAGGGAGGAGAACGUCGAAAUCGUCCUCGCGUCGGCGCUGAAGGACGAGGCGGACGCGGUGGCGUCGCGCUACGCGUCGGUGCGGCCGGUGCUGGUGGACGUGCUGGACCGGCCCGAGACGCUGCGCGAGCUGGUGGCGUCCGCCGACUGCGUCGUCUCGCUGCUGCCCUACCGCCUGCACCACGUCGUCGCCGAGGCGUGCAUCCACUGCCGCGUCAACAUGAUCACCGCCUCCUACUGCACGCCCGAGAUGGCCAGCCUUCACCAGCAAGCCGUCGAUGCUGGAAUAACAAUUGUUAACGAAGUUGGUCUAGAUCCUGGAAUAGACCACCUUCUUGCCAUGGAGUGCUUCGAAGAAAUUCACCAAGCUGGAGGCAAAGUGGAAUCGUUCAUUUCAUACUGCGGAGGCUUGCCGGCUCCCGAGUGCUCCGACAACCCACUGAGGUACAAGUUUAGCUGGAGCCCGCUCUCUGUCCUAAGGAAUGUUAUGGGCACAGCGCGGUAUACUAUGAAUGGCAAGGUGGUGGACAUCCCGGAGGGCGGCGCGCUGCUGUCCGAGGUGCGCGACCUGGACUUCCUGCCCGGCUUUGCGCUGGAAGGUUUCCCGAACCGCGACUCCACCAAAUACGCCGAGCUGUACGACGUGCGAGAGGCGCACACCAUGCUCCGCGGCACGCUGCGCUACAGGGGUGCGCCUCCAGUCCACGUUUCCUCUUUACCACCAGCUGUCCACCACCGGCAAGCUCUAACCCUCGUUUCGCUUUCAGGCUUCUCCGACACCAUGCAAGGCAUCCUACUGCUCGGGCUGCUCGACCCCAACCCGCAUCCCGUGCUGCACCCUAAAGGUCCUGAGAUCACUUGGCGCCAGCUGAUCUGCCACCUGCUGGGCCUCACGGACCCGUCCAUCUUCUACGACAACCUGAAGACGAAGCUCGUGGAGCGGUUGGGCGGCGAGGGCACCGCGAGGGCGGACGCGCUCGAAGCGCUGGGGCUGCUGGAGGAGGCGCCCGUCAAGCGGCUCGGCACGCCGCUCGACACGCUCUCUUACUACCUCUCCAAGAAGCUCUCCUUCGAACGCACGGAGCGCGACCUGGUGAUCCUACGGCACGACGUGGGCAUCCUGUGGCCGGACGGGCGGCGCGAGAAGCGUGGAAUCAACAUGGUGCUGUACGGCACGCCGGCGGGGCACUCCGCCAUGUCUCGCGCUGUCGGCAUCCCCACCGCCAUCGCCACCAAGAUGCUGCUCGACGGUGAGAUCCAGCGCCGUGGAAUGGUGCUGCCAUUCAGCGCGGACAUCUACCGGCCCAUGCUGGCUCGCCUAAGGGCCGAAGGUUUCCAGACCUUCGACAGGUCCACCAUUCUCUGACCAGCUCCCUGCUGAGGUCACGUCACUCCUUCGUGCAAGAAACAUAAUUCACAGUCUGCAUAUUCUACCGUCGUUCUCAAGACUGGACUGACAUACAUUAACUUCGCUGGAAGCAAGAUGAGGCAUGGUCCUCAGUAAACAUACCAUCAUGGAUUACAUGACGAAUUACCACACCACCAAAAUAAAGACUUCUUACUCAAAUCUACAAGUGUAUUAGAAGCAUGGCGGUCUAGAAAAUUAAAAAUGCGCUGAAGCUUUGUUACAGUAGCAUCUACCAUGUAUGUAUUCAAAUAUGUGUCACAGGACCAAUAUUGCGCCACAUAUUUCACCUGAAACAGUGCUCUCAGUGUUUCACAUUAUUUCUUUGGUCCGUCCACGCUUUUUCAGUUUUAACCUCUCUCGAAUUUAAAUAAAGUGCACUGGCCAGCCACUAUA